AUGGUUUACAGUAAACCCAACCCCACCUCCGGAGCCAUGAAGAGAUCCGCCUCAGCUCUUGAAGGGCCUCCCGGAUGGGACGUUGUUCCUUCUAUGAUGACCCACUCUCGCUCAUCAUUCCGUCCUCCUUAUGCUCACUUUGCCAUGAUUUACCUCGACCAUGACGGCAAGCUUAAGGUUGAUGAAUCAGCUUCUAUUCAAGAGCACAACUCCACUGUCUUCACCCCGGAAGUCCGCCAGAACUUCCUUGAGAUUUUGGGUGAACGCAUUGGCUACCAUGUUCCCGUUCGCCAGACCAUGGACUCUUCUCCUCGUCGGGUGCGACGUCGCAAGGGCAAUGCUUCUGGUCUUUCUGUCUGCGAUGAUCGCCUGAAUGAGCAAGGCUCUGACAACGAGGACUUCUCUAAUGCGUCCACUGAAAUGGUGCCUCUCCGCAUUGGAGAUGCCCAAAAGGUUAUGAGCUACUACGAGGGUGCUCUCAAGCACUUCCAACAGCUUAACUGCCGCAUGGUUGCUAAGGCAUUCAUUAAAUUCAUCGAGCCUCGCAAGCAGGUCCGACACCCAUACAACGGUGGCAAGCCCCCACCAGGAUCCGCUCCCGGUACUACUGGCGACCCAGAAAAGACCAAGCCCGAGUGGUGGCCUCCUGGUGUCAUGCACAAGGAGCCUGAUCACUUGAGGAAAGAGUAUCGCAUCGAGCUCUUGCUUCACAUUAUCCGCAAGCUCAGCUCUUACGGUAUCACUGCCGAUAAGCUCAAGGAUGUUGCUGGCGACACCAAGAGGAGCUUGAAGCACGCGUCACAUGUUGAGAUCAUCUACGAGAUCCUCCGGGUCCGCAAGAUGGAGGAGCGUUUCGAACGAGGCGAAGUCGAUGCUAAUAUGGUCGUCUACACCAUGAACCGUGGUCCUAGCCCCAAGGGUGAUGAGGAGGAAGACUCUGCCGACGCACCCUCCUCAGUGACCCUUGAGGAGCCCGAGCACGCCAACCAAGGAUUGAUGACCCCUAUCUCUACAUUUGAGCAAGUGUCCGCUGGUUUGACCACGCCCAUCGACGCCAUUUCCUCCGCACGCUCCCUCCCUGGCAGCUUUUCCAUGGCAGAGCCUCUCACCUUCGAAAACCCAGCCCGCCAGGACCGCCCAUACUAUGCCACCCCACCCCAAUACGCAGACUCAUUCUCACAGCCCAUGCUCAACACUCCUGUGACGGCAGAGAUGAUCAGCCCUCACGAUGUCUCGGCCUUCGACUACUCCGCUCACAGCUCCUUCUCGGGCACCACUUCUGAUCAACGCGCAGGAGCUGCCGCCCACUACGACCCCUGGACUCCCUCCUUCCGACAGAAUCUCUUCAGUUCUGUCGAUUAUACUACACCCGCAACCACUCAGGGUGUGCCCCAGCAUUCAAUGACCUACCAGAUGCCCAUGGUACCACACAUGCAUGACAUGUCCCACCAUCACGCCCAGUCUCACAUGGACCAACGAUCCCUGCCUUUCCGCACAGGAUCACUCGGUCACCCCAAUGGGAUGCCUCUCUCCCACGUUGUCUAA